AUUUUUUUUAAUUGAUGUAUAUUCGAUUUCGAAAAAAGUUUGCACUACAACUUCAACUCAGGAUUUCUCUGAACAAGACGCAACGUGAUUGUAAAUACAGCUCGUCAAGAUGGUGAAGACAGGAACGCGGAAACUUAAAAUCCCGAAACCUAAAGCAAAUGCAGGGAAAGAAAAAGAAAAUAAUAGAAUGCGGGAAGUCAGAAUUCGGAAAUUGUGUUUAAACAUUUGUGUUGGUGAGUCCGGAGACAGAUUGACAAGAGCUGCUAAAGUAUUGGAGCAGUUAACUGGGCAACAACCUGUAUUUUCAAAAGCAAGAUACACAGUUAGAUCUUUUGGUAUCAGAAGAAAUGAAAAAAUUGCUGUUCAUUGUACUGUCAGAGGUCCAAAAGCUGAAGAAAUUUUAGAAAAAGGACUGAAAGUUCGAGAGUAUGAACUAAAAAGAGAAAAUUUCUCCGACACUGGAAAUUUUGGAUUUGGUAUUCAGGAACACAUAGAUUUAGGUAUUAAAUAUGAUCCAACCAUUGGAAUCUAUGGUCUUGACUUUUAUGUAGUGUUGGGACGUCCUGGAUUUAAUGUAGCAUAUCGUAGGAGGAGGAAAGGAGUAGUUGGAUCCAAACACAGGCUUUCAAAAGAAGAAGCCAUGAAAUGGUUCCAGCAAAAGUAUGAUGGCAUCAUUCUUCCAAGUAAAAGCAGCAAGUAAAUUCACAUGUUACUUCUUUAAUAAAAUCUAUAAAACAAA